AUGUCCAACCCGGCCUUAUCUCUUGUCCAUGGACCGAAUGAGCCAGCCCUGUUUGAUCUGACGAUUGGCCAGCUAGCAGACCAACAAGCAGUCAGAUAUGGAGACAAAGAUUGUAUUAUCAUCGGGUGGAACAACACACGUCUUAGCUACCGGGAGCUGAGCGAGAGCAGCAAGGUCAUUGCUCGUGGAUUGCUAUCUCUUGGAGUGCAAAGCGGUGACCGUAUAGCUAUCUUGUCCGGUGACGAUGAACGCUUCAUACAACUAUUCUUCGCUGCUGCACGUAUUGGUGCUUGCCUGGUUAUUAUCAAUAAGACAUACACAGUCCCGGAGUGCCUGCGAGCUCUAAAUCACACGGAGCCUACGAUACUAUUCAUAUCUAAUGUCGUGGAUCGCCGUCCGACUGCUCCUAUCCUCGAAAAGCUCAGAGAAGGUCAGAAUAGCCUCAAACACAUUGUGAUGACCCGAUGGGAUACCCUCCCCACCAACCACCCGCCAUCUACGUGGGACAGUAUCCUGAGCGCCGCACAUUCCAUCAGCGAUUCGGAACUCAACAGGCGUCAAGCUCUAGUCAACAAACACUCUACCGUCAACAUCCAGUUCACCAGUGGCACAACGGGCUCCCCAAAAGCGUCGAUGCUUACUCAUUUUAACAUCGGUAACAAUGGCUUCUACAUGGGACACUACCUCCAGCUAGUCCCAGAAGACGUUGUAUGCUGUGGUCCACCCCUGUUCCACUGUUUCGGUCUGGUCGCAGGUCUCCUUGCCGCUUUCACCCACGGCUCAUCGAUCAUUUACUCUGCACCGGAUUUCGACGCCGCAGCAGUGGUUGGAAUGGUUCUUGAAGAGCGCUGUACCGUUCUGCACGGUGUCCCCACCAUGUUCACUGCAGUCAUCAAGGAGCUAGAGAAGACUGGACGGUCGGUCAAUACUAUACGGAAAGGUUUCGCCGCUGGAACAAAAGUUCCACGCGCAAUGUUGCUGGAGAUGAGUGAAAAGCUAGGUUUCCGUCAUAUCGCUAGCCCUUACGGAAUGACCGAGACUGCGCCAACGAGUUUUAUUGUCAGGGUUGAAGAUAGCCUCGAAAGGAAAUUAGAGACUGUGGGCACGGCUCUGCCUCAUGUUUCAGCAAAGAUUGUUGAUUCUCAGACUAAGAUAGUCCCACGGGGAACAAGGGGCGAAAUUUGCGUUUCUGGUUGGCACUUGCAGCAGGGCUACUUCAAGAACCCUGAGAAGACCGCCGAAGUCAUGAUAAAGGACGAAGACGGCACUGUAUGGAUGCACACUGGAGAUGAGGGAGUCAUCGAUGAACACGGCUACCUGACCAUCACAGGGCGUAUCAAAGAUAUCAUUAUUAGAGGCGGUGAGAACAUUUAUCCUGUCGAAAUCGAGGAGAGGCUCCUGCAUCAUCCAGCUAUUGGUCAGGCCAGCGUUGUCGGGCUACAAGACCCUCGCUACGGCGAGUCCGUCAAUGCAUUUCUCGAACUGCGUCCGAACCAAACAAAACCUACACUUGAAGAACUCAAAUCCUGGGUCCGCGAGACACUGGGUCGUCACAAAGCCCCCGUUAGAGUCUUCUGGGUCGGCAAUGGUGAGAGCAUAACACAGUAUCCGGUCACGGGAAGUGGAAAGAUUCGAAAGGAGGUCCUGAGGGAGUUUGGAAAUAAGAUGAUUUCUCUAAGCACAGCGCCAGCAUCCAAGCUAUAG